CUGCCGCAGCUGUGAUCUGUCGGCUUUGAGUUUCUCAGGAGGGAAGAGUCAGGCAGGCUCUGGAGGCUCGGGAAUCGUUCAAACUUUUAAGUCACCGGUUUGCAGAAACACAAUAAGUGGAAUAUCUGUUUUUGGCACGUGUGCAUGGGAAUUGAACAGCUACCUUUCUGCAAAGUUGCUGGGAAAUCUAUCAGGUCUUCUCUCUGAAAAGACCUUAGGGCUGUAUCAUUAUGGAGACAGAGGAAAUUGAGGAGGAGUUUGAGGAGGAGAUUGAGUAUGAGGAGGAGACAACGACUACUACGGUUACUCAGCAGGUUUCUCAGCAGUCCGUGGUCUCAGGGGCUCAGGGAGCUGUUGGCCUGCCCACCCGCAGGGUCAGGAAGAAGGUCAAGGUGGACACCUCCAAGUUCAUGACUCCUUACCUGGCCCACAGCCAGAAGAUGCUGGAUCAGUACAGUCACAACAAGUACCGUGAGACCUAUGAGAAGAAGGUGAAGGGUCUGCCUUAUGCCAUCUCUAGUGACACUCCUGAGAUGAUUCGCAUCAAGAAGGCUCAGGAGCAGCUCAGCGAGGUCAAAUACCGCAUGGAGGGUUUAAAGUCAAAGACCAUGAGCAACUAUGAUGGUGAGGCUAUUGAGGUCGCCCACGUGAAGCGUAUGACUGACCUGAUCAGCAAGGUCCUGUACAGGCAGAAGUGGGACGAGACUAAGGACCGCUACCUGCUGCCUCCUGAUGCUCCUGAGCUUGUUCUGGCUGUGAAGAAUGCAGCAAACUACAGCAAGAAACUGUACACUGAGGCCUGGGAUGAGGACAAGACUAUGUUUUACCCAUACAGUGACAGUCCUGAACUUCGUAGGGUUGCCAAAGCCCAGGAGGUCCUCAGUGAUAUCCAUUAUAAGAAGGGUCAUGAUGAGCGCAAGGCCAAGUAUACAUCCUUGGCUGAUACUCCGGAAAUGGAGCUGGCCAAGAAGGUCUCCAACCAGCGCAGUGAUCUCAAAUACCGUGAGGAUUACAACAAGAAUAUCAGGGGCAAGUGGUGUGAGACCCCUUACUUUGACGUUGCCGUCGGAAGAAUGGCCAUGGACAACCUUAGCUCCAAAAAAUACACACAACAGUAUGAGGACGCGAAAGACCAAAUCUACUUCAUGCAAACGGACACACCAGAGUACGGCACUCGCAAGAAGGCUGGCGUCGCUGCAAGUUCGGUGAAAUACAGGAAGGACUACGAGAAGACAAAGGCAGUGGCCGGCUACAACGUUCUCCCCGCCACAGACAAUCCCCUACUCCGUCAGCUGAGAUAUGCCGGCACUAUCCUUAGUGAUAAAGUCUACAAAGCCGGCUAUCAGAAAUCACGGGGAUCCAGCAUCAACUACUGUGACACACCCAAGUUCAAGAUGGACAGUAUCCUCAAGCAGUUUAGUGGUGCGCAAUAUACAGAAAAGUACGAUAAUGAGACGAAAGGUCAUUAUAUCGGCAGCUAUGAGGACAUCUUCAUGCGCCACUGUCAGAAGAUGGAGGAGAUAAAGAGCGAAACAAAUUAUAAAGCGGAUUAUGAGGACAUAAAGACAAGGUGUUUCUUCCCUCAAACUGUGACGCCUACAUAUGAAGUCAUGAAGAAGUUGGACCAGUGCAAAGAUAAACAAUAUCGCCAGCAUCCAGACACGGUCAAAUUCACGCAAGUGUCAGACUCACCUGUCAUGGUGCAAGCCGGAAUUAACGCCAAGCAGCUAAGUGACCUCAAUUACAAAGCAAAGUAUGAAGAGACAAAGUUCAAAUCUCACCUACCCCCGGACUACCCCUUCUUUAUUCAGUCAAGAGUCAACGCUUUUAACCUCAGUGAUAAUUGUUACAAAUAUGACUGGGACAAAACAAAAGCAAAUAAAUUCGAGGUGAAAGGGGAUGCCAUUUCAAUCCUUGCUGCCCGUGCCCAUACAAAUAUUGCCAGUGAUGUCAAAUAUAAGAAGGAGUAUGAGAAGAAUAAAGGACAUAUGAUUGGUGCCCUCAGUAUCAAAGACGACCCCAAGAUGAUGCACUCUAUGCAUGUCGCCAAAAUUCAAAGUAAUCGGGAGUAUAAGAAAGACUAUGAGAAGACAAAGACCAAGUACGCCACCACCCUGGACAUGAUGAUGGUCACUCUGGCUAAAAAGUCCCAGGGUAUCGCAAGUAUGGCUGGCUACAGAAAAAUCCCCACCAACUACCUCAUGCCAUACAAUAGUAUGAGCCUGGAAUUGGCAAAGAAUGCCAACUUCAUCCAGAGUAAUAAUGAAUAUAAGUCAGACUACAACAACUCCGUCAAAGGAGCUCCUUGGCUGCCCUAUGGGUCGUUGGACUUCGAAAAGACAAAGAAGGCUGGAGAGAUCUUUAAUGAGAAAAAGUACAGGCAGCAUCCAGAUACCAUUCCAUUCACCGCUAUUGAUGACCAUCCAAUCAUGAUGCAGGCCAAAGUUAACCAGAUGUUGAGGAGUGAUCUUCACUACAAAAGUGGUCUGGAGGAGAUCCAUCAAAAGUACUCCUUACCUGCCGAUGUCCCACAGUUCCUUCAAGCAAAAUCCAAUGCUUACAACAUCAGCGAGAAAUAUUACAAGAUGGCUUGGGGAGAGACUAUUGCAAAGGGGUACGAUAUGAAACAAGACGCUAUGGCUGUCCUCGCCGCUAAAAAAGCCACUCACGCGGCUAGUGAUUACCAAUACAAAAAGGCGUAUAACAAGGCAAAGGGCCACCACGUUGGCAUCCGCAACAUAAAGGACGACCCUCUGUUGGUGCACUACAUGGCGGUGGCCAAGAUGCAGAGUGAUAAGAACUAUACAAAGGACUACCACAAGUCCAAGCUGAAGUACAGCUCCCCUGUGGACAUGAUAAGUCUGACUCAUGCUAAGGAAGCUUCAGCUAAGCAGACCAAUGCCGGUUACAAGAAAGUAAUUCACAACUACACCCUCCUCCCAGAUGCGAUGGGCCUGGCAUUGGCUCGUACCAUGAACAUAAAUUCAAGUGAUAACAACUACAGGUCUGAGUACAACAACAAUUUCAGGGGGUCAGGGUGGGUCCCCAUUGGCUCUAUGGACGUCGAGUUGGCAAAGACUGCAGGUAAAGCCAUGGAAGAACACUCCUACCGCCAGCAUCCCAGCAACUUCAAGUUUACCAGCCUGACAGACAACAUGAACAUGGUCCUCGCAAUGGCCAACACCAAGCAGCUCGGACAGGCUGCAUACAAAGCUUCAGGUGAGAAGUUCAAGCACACCUACAACUUGCCUGCAGACUGCCCGGAGUUCCUCCAGGCCAAGUUCAACGCACAGACAAUGAGUGAACAUCACUACAAGAGCAAGUGGAUUGAGGAUAUUGCCAAGGGUUAUGACCUGAGGAAUGAUGCCAUUUCAAUCAUUGCUGCCAAGAAAGGAAGACACAUGAUCAGCAAUUUCCAAUACAAGAAAGACUUUGAGAAGGCAAAGGGCCACCAGAUUGGUUGCCGCAACAUUAAGGACGACCCGCUGUUGGUGCACUACAUGGCAGUGGCCAAGAUGCAGAGUGACAAGAACUACACAAAGGACUACCACAAGUCCAAGCUGAAGUACAGCUCCCCUGUGGACAUGAUAAGUCUGGCUCAUGCUAAGGAAGCUUCAGCUAAGCAGACCAAUGCUGGUUACAAGAAAGUCAUUCACAGCUACACCCUCCUCCCAGAUGCGAUGGGCCUGGAAUUGGCUCGUACCAUGAACAUAAAUUCAAGUGAUAACAACUACAGGUCUGAGUACAACAACAAUUUCAGGGGGUCAGGGUGGGUCCCCAUUGGCUCUAUGGACGUCGAGUUGGCAAAGACUGCAGGUAAAGCCAUGGAAGAACACUCCUACCGCCAGCAUCCCAGCAACUUCAAGUUUACCAGCCUGACAGACAACAUGAACAUGGUCCUCGCAAUGGCCAACACCAAGCAGCUCGGACAGGCUGCAUACAAAGCUUCAGGUGAGAAGUUCAAGCACACCUACAACUUGCCUGCAGACUGCCCAGAGUUCCUCCAGGCCAAGUUCAACGCACAGACAAUGAGUGAACAUCACUACAAGAGCAAGUGGAUUGAGGAUAUUGCCAAGGGUUAUGACCUAAGGAAUGAUGCCAUGUCAAUCAUUGCUGCCAAGAAAGGAAGCCACAUGAUCAGCAAUUUCCAAUACAAGAAAGACUUUGAGAAGGGAAAGGGCCACCACAUUGGUUGCCGCAACAUUAAGGACGACCCUCUGCUGGUGCACUACAUGGCAGUGGCCAAGUUGCAGAGUGAGAAGAACUACAAGAAGGACUACCACAAGUCCAAGCUGAAGUACAGCUCCCCUGUGGACAUGAUGAGCGUUACUCAUGCUAGAGAAGCUACAGCUAAGCAGACAAAUGCCGGCUACAAGAAACUAAUCCACAGCUACACCCUUCCCCCAGAUGCUAUGAGCCUAGCGCUUGCUCGUACCAUGAAUACUAGCGCUAGUGAUUAUGAAUACAAGGCUGAAUACAACGCUAAUGGGAAAGGACUUCCAUGGGUGCCUAUAGGCUCCCUGGCUGUUGAUUUGGCAAGAGUUGGUUCGGAGAUCCAGAGUGAGGCGAGAUACCGCACUCACCCUUCGGUCUAUCCAUUCCACAGGCUCAUGGACUCCAUGGAUAUGGUUUUGGCCACUACCAACAACCAGAUCAUUAACAAGCAAGCCUACAGUGCCGCCUGGGAGAAGGAUAAACUUAAGAUCCACGUCAUGCCUGACAGUCCUGAGUUUGUGCUGGCAAAGGCGAAUGCAAUCACAAUGAGUAAUAAACGUUACAGGGCUGGCCUGGAAGGAAUGGCGAAGGCUGGCUACCAUAUCGCACCUGAUUCCAUUUCUGUCGUUGCUGCAAAAUCUGGCACCAAAAUAGCAAGUGAUUACAAGUAUAAGCUGGCUUACAACAAGGGAAAGGGCCACCACAUUGGUUGCCGCAACAUUAAGGACGACCCUCUGCUGGUGCACUACAUGGCAGUGGCCAAGUUCCAGAGUGAGAAGAACUACAAGAAGGACUACCACAAGUCCAAGCUGAAGUACAGCUCCCCUGUGGACAUGAUGAGCGUUACUCAUGCUAGAGAAGCUACAGCUAAGCAGACAAAUGCCGGCUACAAGAAACUCCUUCACAGCUACACCCUUCCCCCAGAUGCUAUGAGCGUAGCCCUUGCUCGUACCAUGAAUACUAGCGCUAGUGAUUAUGAAUACAAGGCUGAAUACAACAGUAAUGGGAAAGGACUUCCAUGGGUGCCUAUAGGCUCCCUGGCUGUUGAUUUGGCAAGAGUUGGUUCGGAGAUCCAGAGUGAGGCGAGAUACCGCACUCACCCUUCGGUCUAUCCAUUCCACAGGCUCAUGGACUCCAUGGAUAUGGUUUUGGCCACUACCAACAACCAGCAAAUGAACAAGCAAGCCUACAGUGCCGCCUGGGAGAAGGAUAAACUUAAGGUCCACGUCAUGCCUGACAGUCCUGAGUUUGUGCUGGCAAAGGCGAAUGCAAUCACAAUGAGUAAUAAAUUGUACAAUCUUGCCAACGAACAAGCUAAGAAGAAGGGCAUCCAUGUGCGUGCUGAUGCUAUGGCAAUCAAGGCAGCCAAGGCCACCACAGCUAUCGCUAGUGAUUUCAAAUACAGGGCUGGCUACCGCAAGCAGGUUGGUCAUCACAUUGGAGCCCGCAGUGUCCAGGAUGAUCCACUGCUUAUGCUGGCCUUGAACUCUGCCAAGAUUGCUAGUGAUGCUCUUUACAAGAAGGACUUCCACAAGUCCAAGACAAAGUUCAAUCUUCCUGUGGACAUGAUGGCCUUUGAGCUGGCUAAGAAGAAUCAGAAACAGGUCAAUGAUGCAGCCUACAGGACUCGCCUUCAUAACUGGACCUGCCUGCCCGACUCCAGUGAUGUUGUCCAGGCUAGACACGUCUAUGACAUACAAAGUGAUGCUGUGUACAAGGCUGAUUACAAAAUGCUACAAGGUACAGGAUGGGUACCCAUUGGCUCGCUUGAUGUUGAGUUAGCAAAGAAGUGUGGAGAGAUCCUGACUGACCAUGGGUACCGUCAGCACCCCAGCAACUUCAAAUUCACCAGCAAAACUGAUGCUAUGCCAAUCGUGUUGGCUAAAGCCAUGAAUGACAAUAUGAACAAGCAAAGUUAUGUCAAAGCUUGGGAGAAGGACAAGACGACGGUCCAUAUCAUGCCAGAUGCUAUGGAUGUGGUGCUGGCCAGAGCGAACAAGGUCGCCUACAGUCAGUCAAAAUAUAAAAAAGCUAAUGAAGAAUCCAAGAAGAAGGGCUAUGACUUGCGCAGUGAUGCCCUUGCUAUUAUUGCUGCCAAGAAAGGCAGGGAGAUUAUCAGUGAUUACAAGUACAAGACCGGCUACCGCAAGCAAAUUGGCCAUCACAUUGGAGCCCGCAGUGUCCAGGAUGAUCCACUGCUCAUGCUGGCCUUGAACUCUGCCAAAAUUGCCAGUGAUUAUCUUUACAAGAAGGACUUCCACAAGUCCAAGACAAAGUUCAAUCUUCCUGUGGACAUGAUGGCCUUUGAGCUGGCUAAGAAGAAUCAGAAACAGGUCAAUGAUGCAGCCUACAGGACUCGCCUUCAUAACUGGACCUGCCUGCCCGACUCCAGUGAUGUUGUCCAGGCUAGACACGUCUAUGACAUACAAAGUGAUGCUGUGUACAAGGCUGAUUACAAAAUGCUACAAGGUACAGGAUGGGUACCCAUUGGCUCACUUGAUGUUGAGUUAGCAAAGAAGUGUGGAGAGAUCCUGACUGACCAUGGGUACCGUCAGCACCCCAGCAACUUCAAAUUCACCAGCAAAACUGAUGCUAUGCCAAUCGUGUUGGCUAAAGCCAUGAAUGACAAUAUGAACAAGCAAAGUUAUGUCAAAGCUUGGGAGAAGGACAAGACGACGGUCCAUAUCAUGCCAGAUGCUAUGGAUGUGGUGCUGGCCAGAGCGAACAAGGUCGCCUACAGUGAGUCAAAAUAUAAAAAAGCUAAUGAAGAAUCCAAGAAGAAGGGCUAUGACUUACGCAGUGAUGCCCUUGCUAUUAUUGCUGCCAAGAAAGGCAGGGAGAUUAUCAGUGAUUACAAGUACAAGACCGGCUACCGCAAGCAGAUUGGCCAUCACAUUGGAGCCCGCAGUGUCCAGGAUGAUCCACUGCUCAUGCUGGCCUUGAACUCUGCCAAGAUUGCUAGUGAUUAUCUUUACAAGAAGGACUUCCACAAGUCCAAGACAAAGUUCAAUCUUCCUGUGGACAUGAUGGCCUUUGAGCUGGCUAAAAAGAAUCAGAAACAGGUCAAUGAUGCAGCCUACAGGACUCGCCUUCAUAACUGGACCUGCCUGCCCGACUCCAGUGAUGUUGUCCAGGCUAGACACGUCUAUGACAUACAAAGUGAUGCUGUGUACAAGGCUGAUUACAAAAUGAUGCAAGGUACAGGAUGGGUACCCAUUGGCUCACUUGAUGUUGAGUUAGCAAAGAAGUGUGGAGAGAUCCUGACUGACCAUGGGUACCGUCAGCACCCCAGCAACUUCAAAUUCACCAGCAAAACUGAUGCUAUGCCAAUCGUGUUGGCUAAAGCCAUGAAUGCAAAUAUGAACAAGCAAAGUUAUGUCAAAGCUUGGGAGAAGGACAAGACGACGGUCCAUAUCAUGCCAGAUGCUAUGGAUGUGGUGCUGGCCAGAGCGAACAAGGUCGCCUACAGUGAGUCAAAAUAUAAAAAAGCUAAUGAAGAAUCCAAGAAGAAGGGCUAUGACUUGCGCAGUGAUGCCCUUGCUAUUAUUGCUGCCAAGAAAGGCAGGGAGAUUAUCAGUGAUUACAAGUACAAGACCGGCUACCGCAAGCAGAUUGGCCAUCACAUUGGAGCCCACAGUGUCCAGGAUGAUCCACUGCUCAUGCUGGCCUUGAACUCUGCCAAGAUUGCUAGUGAUUAUCUUUACAAGAAGGACUUCCACAAGUCCAAGACAAAGUUCAAUCUUCCUGUGGACAUGAUGGCCUUUGAGCUGGCUAAGAAGAAUCAGAAACAGGUCAAUGAUGCAGCCUACAGGACCCGCCUUCAUAACUGGACCUGCCUGCCCGACUCCAGUGAUGUUGUGCAGGCCAGACAGGUGUACGACAUGCAGAGUGAAGCUGUCUACAGAGCAGACUUGAAGUGGCUUCGAGGUACAGGAUGGGUGCCCAUUGGCUCACUUGAUGUUGAGUUAGCAAAGAAGUGUGGAGAGAUCCUGACUGACCAUGGCUACCGUCAGCACCCCAGCAACUUCAAAUUCACCAGCAAAACUGAUGCUAUGCCAAUCGUGUUGGCUAAAGCCAUGAAUGCAAAUAUGGACAAGCAAAGUUAUGUCCAAGCUUGGGAGAAGGACAAGACAACGGUCCAUCACACGCCAGAUGCAAUGGAUGUGGUGCUGGCCAGACAGAACAAGAUCACCUACAGUGAGUCAAAAUAUAAAAAAGCUAAUGAAGAAUCCAAGAAGAAGGGCUACGACUUGCGCAAUGAUGCCCUUUCUAUUAUUGCUGCCAAGAAAGGCAGGGAGAUUAUCAGUGAUUACAAGUACAAGACCGGCUACCGCAAGCAGAUUGGCCAUCACAUUGGAGCUCACUGCGUGGAGGAUGAUCCACUGAUCAUGCUGGCCUUGAACUCUGCCAGGAUUUCUAGUGAUGCUCUUUACAAGAAGGACUUCCACAAGUCCAAGACUAAGUUCAAUCUUCCCGUGGACAUGAUGUCCUUUGAGCUGGCUAAGAAGAAUCAGAUCCAGGUCAAUGAUGCAGCCUACAGGACCCGCCUUCAUAACUGGACCUGCCUGCCCGACUCCAGUGAUGUUGUGCAGGCCAGACAGGUGUACGACAUGCAGAGUGAAGCGGUCUACCGAUCCGAUUUGAAAUGGCUUAGAGGCAUGGGAUGGGUCCCCAUUGGCUCGCUUGAUGUUGUGGCCGCGAAGAAGGCUGGCGAGGCUCUGGCUGAGCGGGGAUACCGUGAGCACCCCAGCAACUUCAAAUUCACCAGCAAAACUGACGCUAUGCCCCUCGUCCUGGCUAAAGCCAACGCACAAAUAAUCAACAAGUCAUCGUAUACUGAGGCCUGGAACAAAGACAAGACCAAAAUUCAUAUCACGCCAGAUUCCAUGGAUGUGCUGCUUGCAAAGCAGAAUAACAAAAAUAUGAGUGAGAAAUUGUACAAACUUGCCAAUGAAGAGUCUAAGAAGAAGGGAUAUGAUUUACGCAAUGAUGCCAUUUCUAUCCAAGCAGCCAGAAAAGGCUGCGAUAUUGCCAGUGAUCACAAGUACAAAGCCGGCUACCGCAAGCAGGUCGGUCAUCACAUUGGAGCUCACUGCGUGGAGGAUGAUCCACUGCUCAUGCUGGCUAUACACGGUGCUAGGAUUGCUAGUGAUGCUCUUUACAAGAAGGACUUCGAAAAGUCCAAGACCAAGUUCAACCUCCCUGUAGACAUGCUUAAUAUUGAGCUGGCCAAGAAGUGCCAGAAACAGGUCAACGAUUUCAACUACAGAACCCAGCUGCACAACUGGACCUGCCUGCCCGACUCUAAUGAUGUCGUCCAGGCUAGGAAAGUCUAUGCACUAAACAGUGAUGCUGUCUACAAGGCUGACAUGGAAUGGAUCAGGGGAACCGGCUGGGUCCCCAUCGGGUCACUGGAUGUCGUUAAGGCCAAGAAAGCUGCUGAGAUUUUCAGUGAACACUUGUACCGCCAGAAGCCAGACCAGUUCAAGUUCAGCCAAGACAUGCUCUCUAUGCCUAUGGUCUUGGCCAAAACAAACGCUGACACAAUCAACAAGCACCAGUAUGUUCAAGCCUGGGAAGCUGAGAAGACGAACAUCCACUUAAACCCCGAUAUACCUGAGAUUGUACUGUCCAAGGCCAAUGCUAUCAACAUGAGCAAAAAACAAUACAGACAAGCAGUUGACGAUAUGUUCAAGAAGGGUUAUGACAUCAAAUCUGAUGCCCUCUCAAUCAAGGCAGCCAAGCAUGGAAGAGAAAUCAUCAGUGAUUACAAGUACAAGGCUGGCUACCGCAAGCAGGUCGGCCAUCACAUUGGAGCUCACUGCGUGGAGGAUGAUCCACUGCUCAUGCUGGCUAUACACGGCGCUAGGAUUGCUAGUGAUGCUCUUUACAAGAAGGACUUCAACAAGUCCAAGACCAAGUUCCACCUCCCUGUAGACAUGCUUAAUAUUGAGCUGGCCAAGAAGUGCCAGAAACAGGUCAACGAUUUCAACUACAGAACCAUGCUGCACAACUGGACCUGCCUGCCCGACUCUAGUGAUGUCGUCCAGGCUAGGAAAGUCUAUGACCUGCACAGUGAUGCUGUGUACAGGGCAGAUAUGGAAUGGAUCAGAGGAUGUGGAUGGGUUCCUAUUGGCUCAGUGGAAGUGGAUAGGGUCAAGAAAGCUGGAGAAAUCCUGAGUGAAAUUAAGUACCGUCAGCACCCAAGCACUUUGGCCUACACCUGCAAAACUGAUGGAAUGCCCUUCGCUCUGGCUCAAGAAAACGCCAAAAUUAUGGACAAGAAAGCGUACGUUGAUGCAUGGAAUAAGGAGAAGACAAACAUCCAUAUCAUGCCCGACACACCCGAGAUCCUCUUAGCCCAACAGAAUAAUGUCACCAACAGCAGGAAACAAUACAGACAAGCAGUUGAAGAUAUGUUCAAGAAAGGUUAUGACAUCAAAGCUGAUGCCAUCUCCAUCAAGGCAGCCAAGCAUGGAAGAGAAAUCAUCAGUGAUUACAAAUACAAAGCAGGUUACCGCAAGCAACAAGGACACCACAUCGGAGCCCUCAGUGUCGAGGAUGAUCCACUGAUUAUGCUGGCUGCGCACGGAGUUAAGAUUGCUAGUGACAAUCUCUACAAGAAGGACUUUGAAAAGUCCAAGACCAAGUUCCACCUCCCUGUAGACAUGCUUAAUAUUGAGCUGGCCAAGAAGUGCCAGAAACAGGUCAACGAUUUCAACUACAGAACCAUGCUGCACAACUGGACCUGCCUGCCCGACUCCAGUGAUGUCGUCCAGGCUAGGAAAGUCUAUGACCUGCACAGUGAUGCGGUGUACAAGGCUGAUAUGGAGUGGAUCCGUGGAUGUGGCUGGAUACCACAGGGUUCACCUGAUGUUCUGAAGGCCAAACAUGCUCAGGACAUUCUCAACGACAGACUCUAUCGCCAGCCCCCCAGCACUAUCAAGUUCACAAGUGUUGUCGACCUGCCAGAAGUGGUCCUGUCCAAGCAAAAUGCAGAGUUGCUCAGUGCUAGGAAAUACCAUGAGGCGUGGGAGAACGAGAAAACGAAAAUUCAUGUCGGUAAUGAGUUACCAGAAAUCGUCCUCUCAAAGGCAAACCUUAUUAAUACCAGCCAAAGCGGGUAUACCAAAGCUUGGGACAAAGAGAAGGCCAAGGGAUUCCUGAUUAAAGAGGAUGCCAUCUCUGUACUUAAAGCUAGAGCGUCCAGAGAUAUUAUCAGUGAUUACAAGUACAAAGCAGGUUACCGCAAGCAGGUGGGCCACCACAUCGGAGCCCUCAGUGUCCAGGAUGAUCCACUGAUUAUGCUGGCUAUGCACGGUGUUAAGAUUGCUAGUGACAAUCUCUACAAGAAGGACUUUGAAAAGUCCAAGACCAAGUUCCACCUCCCUGUAGACAUGCUUAAUAUUGAGCUGGCCAAGAAGUGCCAGAAACAGGUCAACGAUUUCAACUACAGAACCCAGCUGCACAACUGGACCUGCCUGCCCGACUCCAGUGAUGUCGUCCAGGCUAGGAAAGUCUAUGACCUGAACAGUGAUGCGGUGUACAGGGCUGACUUGGAGUGGCUGAGGGGCUGUGGAUGGUCACCUCAUGAGUCCGUGGAGGUCAAGAGAGUGAAACAUGCCCAGGACAUCCUGGCUGAUAGGGGUUACCGUGUGAAGCUGGAUACACAGAAGUACAUAACUCCCGUCGACAGAAUGGACAUGGAAUGUGCCAAGAAUGCCGCUGAGGUCCUCAAUGAGGCUAAAUAUCGUGAACAAUGGCACAAAGACAAGACACAAUACAGCCUAGGGGAUACUCCAGGUCUGGCAACUUGCAGAGAGAUUAAAAAGAUUCUCCACCCGAAACUCUACACCCAGGACUGGAACAAGACCAAAGCCACUGGGUACUUCAUGCCUGGAGAUGCCGUUUCUAUCCAGCAAUGUAUUAAGACGACUAAAAUACAAAGUGAACACAAGUAUCUUGACGGCUACCGCAAGCAGGUUGGUCAUCACAUUGGAGCUCUCAGUGUCCAGGAUGAUCCACUGCUCAUGCUGGCCUUGAACUCUGCCAAGAUUGCUAGUGAUGCUCUUUACAAGAAGGACUUCCACCAUUCCAAGACUAAGUUCAAUCUUCCUGUGGACAUGAUAGCCUUUGAGCUGGCCAAGAAGUGCCAGGUCCAGGUCAACGAUAACGCCUACAGGACCCGUCUGCACAACUGGACUUGCCUGCCUGAUCAUAAUGAUGUUGUUCAGGCCCGCAAAGUAUAUGACAUCAACAGUGAUAUUAUCUAUAAGGCCGACAUGGAAUGGAUCCGCGGAUGUGGAUGGUCGCCUGCAGAGUCUGUUGAUCAUGUCAAAGUCAGGAAUUGCCAGGCGGUCAUGAAUGAAAGACUUUACAAAAAGGAUGCCAAGGAGGGCUUUAGCAAGUUCACUCUCAUUGUCGAUCGCCCUGAGAUUAUCCAGGCUAAAGUCAAUGCCUUCCAACUCAGUGAUCUGAAGUACAAAGAGUCCUUCAAUCAGGAGAAGGGCCAUUACAUCGGGUCUGAGGACACACCCCAGAUGGCCCUGUGCAGAGAGUCAGCCAAGAACAUCAGUGAGAAACUGUACAAACUGAACUGGGAUGAAAGCAAAGCCACUGGCUACCAGCUAGACCAUGAGUACCUCCCUCUGCUGAAUGCCAAGAGGGCCAGGGACAGCGUCAGUGAUGCCAAGUACAACGAGGCCCAUUUGAAGGAAAAGGGUCAUUACAAGGCUGCCAACAUCCUAGACUUCCCUGAUGUGAUGCGCUAUGGUGAAAUAGAGAAGAUGAAGAACCUGCGGGACUACCACAAGGACUACAAUGAGACCAAGACUAAGCUACACAUCCCUGUGGACAUGAUGAGCCAUGUUGUGGCCAAGAAAUGUCAGAGCAUCCUAAGCGAAGAGCAGUACCGUACCUACCUGCACCAAUGGACAUGCCACCCCGAACAAAAUGAUAUCACCCGUGCUCGCCACGCCAACGAGAUUUUGAGCGAUGUGUUCUAUAAAGAGGACCUACUCUGGACAAAGGGCGUUGGCUGCUAUGCUUGGGAUACCCCAGAGAUUCUUCGCGCCAGGAAGUCCUACGAGCUUCAGAGUGACAUCCAAUACAAAGCUGAAGGCAAGAAGGAAUUCAACAACUACUCCAUUGUGACAGAUACCCCAAUUUACGUCACAGCUGUUCUAGGGCACACCUGGGCUAGUGAGUUGAUCUACAGGGAGGCCUACAACAAAGAGAAACACUUGUACACCACUUGUAUCGACACGUUUGACCUUACCCGGUGCUCUAACCUCAAACAUCUCUCAAGCACGAAUGACUAUACUGCCGCAUGGAACAAGAUCAAGGACAAGAGCUACUUGAUCCCACAUGACUCUCACGCAAUGGUCCAUGCUAAACAGCAGAAGGUUAUUCUCAGCAAUGUGAAAUAUCGUGAGGAUUAUGAGAAGUUCAAGUCCCUCUACAGCUUGCCCAAAUCCAUGGAGGAUGAUCCUGCCACGCUUAGGUGCCUCAAAGCUGGCAAACUUCACCUUGACCGUUUGUACAAAGAGGACUACGAGAAAACCAAGGCCAAGGUCACUAUGCCUCCCGACAUGCUUGACAUUGUGGAAUCACGCAAGACCCAGAAGGCCGUCAGUGAGAUUGACUACCGCAAGUACCUGCACCAGUGGGUCUGCCUGCCAGACAUGAAGGCCUUCGUCCACUCUCGCAAAGUCAAUGAGCAGUUCAGUGAUAUCAUCUACAAGGAUGACCUGAACUGGCUGAAGGGUAUCGGGUGCUACGCCUGGGAUACUCCUGAGAUUGUGCGCAGUAAGGCCGCCAUGGAGAUCCAGAGCAACAACAUGUACAAAGCCAACGCAGUUCAGCACUUCAAGGAUUACUCUGUGGUGUUGGAGACCCCAGAGUAUGAGCAAUGCAAGAUGAGUGCUCACAACCUCAGUAAUCUCAACUACCAUCACGACUACGCCACCAACAUCAAAGGCACAAACACCUCUCCUGCUGUCACUAUUGAUACAGAGAGAGUUCGCCUCAACCAGUACAUCCAGAGCGAAAACGCCUACAAAGAGGAGAGCAGGAGCGCCAUGGCGAAGGGCUACGAACUUCCCUAUGACACCCCUGCCAUCAAGCAGGCCAAGGCCAGCUCUCUCAACUGCAGUGAAGUGAAAUAUAAACUGGCACACGACCAAACCAAGGCCAAGAGUUACGCCCUGGACCCGCAAGGUGUCAACUUUGUUACCAUCAGGAAGGCCAACAAGGUCAUGAACGAGCGUCUGUACCGCGAGAGGUAUCACAAGGAGAAGGACAAGAUCCACUCCAUUUAUGACACACCGGAAAUCCUGCAAGUCAAGGCCACCCAGGACGCCAUCAGUGACCUGUGCUACAAGGAGAAGUUCUUAGCCACCAGAGGGCAGUACAUACCCAUGCCCUUCACCCCUCAACUCAUGCACUGCUUCCAUGUCAAUGAGAUCACCAGCGAUCUCAGGUACAAAGAGGACCUUCUCUGGAUGAGGGGCAUCGGCUGUUUCAUGCCUGACUCUCCUGAGAUGGUCCGCGUUCGCGAGAUCAACAAGUUAAGGAAAAAUUAUGAGCUUGAGGCCAAGAAGAACUACGCCAACUACUCCGUGGUGCUGGAUACCCCUGAUUACCAGCGUGUCACGGAGCUGAAGAGCCACAUGAGCAAUUUGAUCUACAAAGCCCAAGGCAAAGCGGACAUGUCCAAGAGCACCAACACUCUAGACAGUGUGGAGUUCCAGAGAGCCAAAUGGGCCCAGAAUCUGACCAACCAGUACCUCUACACUGACCUUGCCUCCAAGGAGAGAGCCUUCUUUACUCCUGAGAUCAACACUCCCACCAAUGUCCAUGCCAGACAGAUGAAAGUAGUGUCUAGUGAGAUCAAAUACAAAGAUCAGUAUGAGAAGAUGAAGCACAGGUACACUGCCAUCCAUGACACUCCAAUGCUGGUUCGUGCCAAGAAAGCCUACCUGCAAUCCAGUGAUCUACGCUACAAGGAGACCUUUGAGUUGUCCAAGGGACACUACCACCCAACCAAGGAUGCCCUGGACAUUCUCUGCGCCAAGAGGGUCAGAGAUGACAUCAGUGAGGUCAAAUACAGAGAGAAGUACAUAGGCACUCUGGGAUCCUGGAGGUCCAUCGCAGACCGUCCUGAGUUCUUCCACAGCAGGGUUGUCGGUGACAACAUCAGUGAUCUCAGGUACAAGGAGGACCUGGAAUGGAUCAAGGGUGUUGGCUGCUAUGUGUGGGACACACCUGAGAUGGUACAAGCAGAAAAGAACAAGACUCUCUACAGCGAGAGGCUGUACAAAGCAUCAUUUGAGAAGAACAGAGGUAACUUCAAGUACACCUGCGAUUCGCCAUUCUUUGAAGCCGCCAAGAACGCUUCCCUCCUCGCGAACCACAGGUCCUAUAGACGCGAAUACGAGAAGAACAAGUCUAAGUUCACCACUAUUCUUGACGACCCUAGUAGCCUCCAGGCAAAGGAGGCCGCGAAGCUGAGUCAGUGGAAGUACAGGGAGCAGUAUGAACGCGCCAAGAGCAAGUACACCUCAGUGUUGGAGACCCCUGAGCACCAGGUCCACAAGCGCAGCAAGGCGAUCGGCGAUGUUAUUUACAAGUUGGAGUAUAACAAGAACAAAGCCAGGGGCUACACUUUGCCCCAUGACACUAUUCUGAACAUGAACCUGAAGAGAGUGAGCGAGCUCACCAGCAACCUUAAGUACAAGGAAGUCUAUGAGAAGAGCAAGACCCAGAUCACCAUGGCUCCAGAUGCCUUUGAGCUCCGUGCUGCCAGGGAGGCCUACAAGAACAUUAGCAAUCUUGACUACAAGAAGAAGUACGAGGCCACCAAGAACAAGUGGAUCUGGACCACAGAUAGGCCUGACUUCCUCCAUGCUGCCAAGAACACUCUCAUGCAAAGUGACAUUGAGUACAAGUACGACAAGGAGAGUAUGAAGGGCUGUGUGAUCCCUGUCCCAGAGGACAAGUUAUUAGGACUGUGCAAGAAGAACUCAGAGAUGUACAGCGAUGUGAAAUACAAGCAGAAGUACGAGGCCGCUAAGGGACACUACAGGACUUGUCUGGACACUCCUCAGAUCCUUCAUGCUAAAUCAGUGGGUUCUCUCUCUUCUGAGAGUAAAUACAAGGAAGCCAGCAAGAAGGACCACCAGACUGGGUCAUUCACCACCCUGCCCACGACACGUGAUACUGUUCACAGCAAGGAGAUGGCCAAAAUGCAAAGCGGGAAACUGUACAAGGAGAAGCACGAGCAGGAGAAGGGAAAGUCCAAGUACAACAACAUGUCACUUCCUCCUGAUGUUCUGCAUGCCAUGGACGUGGCCAAGAACCAGAGCAACUUUGCAUACAGGCAACAGGCCAAGGCCAAGCUGCACUACACCCCUGUGGCAGACCGCCCAGACAUCAGGAAGGCCACCCAGGCUGCUAAGCUCAUAAGUGAUGUUGGCUAUCGUGAGAAGGCUCGUCAGGAGGCCAGUCGUGGAGGGUCUCUGGCUCAUCGCCCAGACAUCGCCCUGGCCACAGAAGUGUCCAAACUGACAAGCACGGUGGAGGAUAAACCCUCCCUCCACGGAACCGCCUCCCUUGACACCCCCCAGAUGCGCCACCUUAAGAAAAUGAGUGCCAUGACUAGUAAUGUGAAGUACAAGGAGAAGUUUGACAAGGAGAUGAAAGGAAGGAGGCCAGAGUAUAACCUGAAAGACACCAAGACUUAUCAGACUCUGAAGGAUGCAAAUGUUCUUGCUAGUGAGGUGAAAUAUAAGGGUGACCUUAAGAAGCUCCACAAGCCUGUGACUGACAUGGCCGAAUCUCUGUCCAUGCAGCACAACCUGAGCACCAGCAAGUUGUCCAGUGAUGUGAAGUACAAGGAGAAGUAUGAGAAGGAGAAGGGCAAGGCCAUGCUGGACUUCGAGACGCCCACGUAUGUGACCAAUAAGGAGUCCCAGCACAUGCAGAGCCAGAGAGUGUACAAGAGGAGUUUGGAAGAGGAGAUCAAGGGCCGCGGAAUGUUGGCUUUAGCCACAGACACUCCAGACUUCUUGAGGGCCAGAAAUGCUACUGAUAUCCUCAGUCAGUCCAAGUACAAGGAGAACGCUGAUAGGGAUCGUGCUAUCUACACAACUGUGAUUGACACCCCCGACAUCAUCCAUGCUCAGCAAAUGAGAAAUAUAGUGAGCAAGAAAAAGUACAAGGAAGAGGCUGAAAGGAACAUGUCUCACUUUGUGCCUAUCAUGGACACUCCUGAGAUGCAGAGAGUGCGUGAGAACCAGAAGAACUUCAGUACCGUUUUGUAUAAGGACGCCUCGGCCAAGGGAACGCCUGUGGUGUUCACUCCUGAGAUGGAGCGGGUGAAACGGAACCAAGAACACAUUAGCUCGGUACUCUACUCUGACAGCUUCCGUAAGCAGGUGCAGGGCAAGGCAGCCUUCGUGCUGGACACCCCUGAGAUGAGGCGUGUGAAGGAGACACAGCGCAAUAUCUCUGGGGUCAGAUAUCACCAGGACUUUGAGAAGAGCAAGGGUAGCUUCACAUCUACUGUGACUGACCCAGUGACCGAACGUGUAAAGAAGAAUACUCAAGAUUUCAGUGACAUCAACUACCGUGGCAUUCAGAGACGAGUUGUGGAGAUGGAGAAGAGGCGUGUGGAGGAGCACGAACAGGAGAACAUCACUGACCUCCGUGUGUGGCGCACAAACCCUGGCUCUGUCUUUGAUUACGACCCAGCCGAGGACAACAUCCAGUCCAGGAGUCUGCACAUGAUGUCAGUUCAAGCCCAGCGCCGCAGCAAGGAGCACUCUCGCUCCACCAGUGCCAUGAGUGCAGGAGACGAGAAGUCUGAGCCGUCUGACAACGUGGACCACCAGAUGUCCCUCUACAGCAACCACGCUGCCUCAUCGAUAGGUUACCAGCAGACCAGGACUGUUGAGCUUCAGCAGAGGUCUUCAUCAGUGGCCACCCAGCAAACUACUGUGUCUUCCAUCCCGUCACACCCCUCCACCACUGGCAAAACCGUCCGUGCCAUGUACGAUUACGCCGCCACCGACACUGACGAGGUGUCCUUCAAGGACGGCGACGUCAUCGUGAACGUUCAGUCCAUUGAUGAGGGCUGGAUGUAUGGAACCGUUCAGCGCAGUGGCAAGACUGGCAUGCUUCCAGCUAACUAUGUGGAAGCAGUCUAAAGACAAGUCCCUCCUCUUUACAGAGUGAGCGUAGUACAAAUCCAAAGGGUAAAUUAAUUUUAAAAAAAGAACAGAAAAAAAUAAAUGAAAUCGUUACCUGAGGCUUCCUGAAAAUGUUUAAUGUUUAGCGGGUAGGCUUAGUUGUAGAGAUACCGUUAAGUAUGUCCAAGUUAUUUGUGAAGGCAGCUUUGUUUGCCUCGGUCUCCCCCUUUCCCCUGUGGAUGUAUUUUUAGGAGUAGAUUUUAAAAUGCUAUAAAUGUAAUAAACACACCGAUAUAUGACAGACCACUUUAGGAUUAUUGAUAUUUUAUUAUACUGUUAUCACACAAAAGUAUGAAAUGACUAAGAGCCCAGUAUUUUUGUACAAUGCAUAGAACACUGACUCAAUGUCAAAUGUGAUAGUUGUUCCUUGAAGACGUCAUGGGAAUUGUAAAGUUGGAAGAGAAAGAAUGGGCUAUGUACUAUGAACCUUUCCCUAAUAGGAAAGCUCAAGCUUUUUUUAAAUGAACACUGAACAUUGACUGAAAAGGUGAUGUGGGGAUUCACCAUGGGAAACGUGAAAACAUACAAACCCCAAGGAGACCCCAUUCAUCCCUCUCGAAACGCAAACCUGUACUUAAGAGUUGUACAAGACGAGCCUCUUCCCUCCACAGCUGUAGGCUGGCUGGCCUUUAGUUGCAUGUGUGUUUUGUUUCUUCCGAUUCCCUCGGUGUUAGGGCAUGGAAGUGGUAUACCUUGGAUCAGUAGCUAAUAAAGCACACCAGGCUUCUGCAA